AUGCCUGCUGAUGGCCACCCCAGAUUUCGCCAUGACCCCAGCUGGUCCUAUCACCAAGGAGUAGCCGGUUCGAUGCUCAAAGCUUUCCUCCGUACCUUUACUGCCCUACACAUGAAAUGGCCGCUAUCUCUCAAGCCACACCACGAAUCGGAUCGAUUCGUGUUGAUUAACCCUGCCGCCCCGGAAUGUUACACCGGAGUGAUGGUGGAUGAAGCUGUCAAACCCGAGACCAUCGGUGCCACCUGGUAUCCUGAGCCCUUUACUCGCGGCACCUCUCUUCCGGAUGGCGAAUAUGUUAUCUUGCACCUCCACGGUGGUUCCUACAUUCUGGGUGACGGUCGAUCCUCCUCCUGUAACUUCAUGGCCCAGACCCUCCUCGAACAGACUCCCGCCAGCUACAUGCUCUGCCCCCAGUAUCGACUCGCCUGCAACCACAACGGACGGUUUCCCGCUCAACUGCAGGAUGCACUCGCAGCAUACGUGUAUCUCAUUCACGCCCUCCAGAUCUCGCCCUCUCAAAUCGUACUCAGCGGCGACAGCUCCGGGGGUCACCUCGUCCUGGCGCUUCUCCGGUAUAUAGUCGAAUUUAACCGGCCAGAUCUGUUACCACCACCGAAGUGCAGCUGGGCCUGGUCUCCUUGGUGCGACGUACCUGCUGCAGUUGACCCUAGUGCCUGGACGCACAGCACCAACUACAAAACCGAAUAUAUACCAGGCUCUUUCCCAGCCUGGGGAGCCAAACAGUUCCUUGGCGAUUUGGAAAUUACUUCAGAAGUUGAGCCGUACGUAGCUCCCAUUUGGCAUCCGUUUGUUGUUCCCUCGCCGGUGUUGGUCAUUACCGGCGGUCGCGAGGUCCUUUGUCAAGAUCACAAGAAGCUGGCGCAAGAGUUUCAAAAGUUGCCCGGAAAUGAGACAUCCAUCGAUCUGGUAGUUGAGGAGAAGGUGCCGCAUGAUGUGUUGAUGAUUGGGUGGAUUAUGGGGUUCAAGGAUGAAGCCCGUCAUUGCGCUACCAAGGCUGGGGGAUUUCUCCGCCGGGUGCACUUGUCAUCUGGUAGCAAGGAAGCCGAUGCUCAGAUGUGA